AUGUCAGACCGGAAAGCGGAGUUAGAGCGAAAAAAAGCAAAGCUUCUUGCUAUGCGAGAGGAAAGAAAGAAAAGAGAGGAAAUAAAGAAAACUGGUAUACACGAUGCUGAAGUCUCAGACAUACGUCAAACGACUGAAGGAUUAUUAAAAGAUCUUGGCCUACCUGAACCCAUAGUACCUCAGGCUACUAACAUACGUGAACUAGAAUCACCGUCUCUUGAUACGAUUGAUGGCAUGCUCCAACGUAAUUUAAAGAAACUGAAAAUUCUGAAAGUUUCUGAUGUUUUUGAGAUUACGAUUCCUCCUUCGGAAAACAUAGUUUAUAACAAAGAAACUCAGACUCUAGAAGAACCUCAAGAACGGGAAAGUCGUUCAACUGAUUAUUAUGUAUUAACAUACGAUGAAAGUAAUCGCGAUGAAGUGGAUGCCAAUGCUGCAUUAGCGGAACUAGAAAAGAUGCCUCAUAUCGGUGUCACCAAAACUGGACAAUCUCGUGGAGUAUUAGAUAAAAUUGAUGGAAUACGGACAAGUAUUGAUGGUGUUGACGAGAAUACCUCAAAUGAUAUUCAACGUAAUGAUAUUAUCCCAAUGUCAGAGGAGGAAAAAGCUCAAUUAUUAUCAUCCGAUGCUUUUCUACGCUUUCUUGAACGUUCUUCACGUAUAAUUGAACGAGCGAUUUGUCAUCCAGAUGAAGGUAUCUUUUUGGACUAUUCCGGUCAAGAUCUUGAAAGUAAAGAGUCUGAUGAAUUGGUAACUGUAUCGAAUGAAUUUUUUGAUGAAAGAUGGUCUAAACAUCGUACAGUCACUGGUUUAGAUUGGUCAACUAUAUUUCCAGAAUUAUUACUUACAGCAUAUCAUAUGAAUGAAAAAGCUGUUCAUGAACCUGAAGGUGUUUGCUUAAUGUGGAAUAUGAAAUAUCCAACGAAAUUAACACCGGAAUUUAUAUUUGAUUGUCAAUCCCCAGUUACUUCGGCUAGUUUAUCACGUUUCCAUCCAAACAUUGUAGUUGGUGGUUCUUAUUCUGGACAGAUUGUCUUAUGGGAUAGUCGAGUCAAUAAAUGA